ACUCCCAAUAGCGCUUCUCCCAGUGCAAAGACAAGAUGACACCUCCGCCACCUUGUUCUCCAUUGAUGAGGCGUCAUCUUGGCCUAAUAUGUGUUGUGUUUGCCCUUAUCGGGAACUGAUAGCUGCGACGCUGAUUGCCAAUUGUUAGUCUUGGCUCCCGGCUUUUCAUCAGCCCCAACUCCAACUUCAGUGAGAGUCACAAACUGAAGGAACUCGGAUGCUCAAAUCGUGAUGACUCGCCGCGGUGAUGAUUAUGCCCUUUGUUUGCUUUGGCUGCUGCUGCUGGUGGUCGCCUGUGAAGCGCAGGAUUUGGAGCAGAAGCCGCGCAUCAUCAAUGGGAGUAUAGCCCGAGCGGAUGAGACAAAACACCUGGUCUCCAUACGAUUGAAACGGCACGAUAACAACUUUGGCAGUGGCCACAUCUGCGGAGGAGCCCUCAUAGCGCCCAACAAGGUGCUCACCGCCGCCCACUGUCUGUACAACAACCAGAGGAAGCGCUACCGCCAGCCCAGCGAGUUCGUUGUGGUCCUGGGCACCCUGAAUCGUUUUGAGCGGCACAACGGCACCAUCGUCUCGCCGGUUAGCUCCAUGGCCUACAUGCACACCUUCAGUCCGGACAGUAUGCGCGACGAUGUGGGCAUACUCUUCCUAAGGACUGGCCUACCCGAUGGCGGUGGCCAUCUCAGCGUAGCACCCAUCCAGCUGGCAGGUCAGGUGACGCCGCCGGGAAGAGUGUGCCAGGUGGCCGGCUGGGGGCGCACGGAAAGAAGCUCACUGUCCAACAUCCUGCUAACUGCCAACGUGAGCACCAUUCGCCACCAGACUUGCCGGAUGAUCUACAAGACUGGCCUGCUGCCUGGAAUGAUGUGUGCCGGACGAUUGCAGGGCGGAACUGAUUCGUGCCAAGGUGAUUCCGGUGGUCCGCUGGUGCACGAGGGGCGUGUGGUGGGCGUGGUAUCCUGGGGCUAUGGUUGCGCCGAGCCUGGUCUGCCAGGCGUCUAUGUGGAUGUGCAGUACUAUCGUCAGUGGAUCGAGGAGCGUAGCAGUAGUGCCAGCAGCUACUUGAGGAGAAUGCCUUCUGCUUUAGUCAUUGCCAUGAUUAUGAUGUGUAGAUGCUUGUGACCCGGAAGUAAAGCUGGAACAACAUCGAAACCUAAUGUGUUGCAGUUGCAUACCUGUAAGGUCAGUCCGUCAUUCAACUAUACUCUUAAGAUGGUCUCAUCUGCUCUCUUUGGAGAAUGAUUUAGCUGUGGCCAUCUCUUUCCAGAUAAAAUACUGAGACCACCUUGUAUAGCUUCAUCACGACCCAGAGGGAUUUCUUUUGUGCCUUAUCAACUAAGAAUUCUACCGAUUCUUUCCAGUCCCAAGCUAAUAAGUUUCCCUUCGACGAUGCAAUCGUUGCCUUGUAGCCAUUAUCUAACAGAGUUUCACAAUGAUCGGAUAAUUAUCGCGACUCCACCUUAUCAGGUCGAGCUUCUUCUGGCGAAUAAAAGCACAUCAUCAAAUCCA